AUGCUGCCAACGAACGUGCACGCGCCGGCUCGAGUCCGAGCUCCUGCUCAGCCUACGAUCACAUCGGCUUCCUCCGCAGCCAUGACGACGCAUGGUUCGACAGGCAUGCAGUGGCACCAGGCCAUCUUCCUGCGGCUGCAAGAGCGAGAUGUGGUGGAGAAGCAGCACGAUGCCAUGUUUCAACAGUACCGCAAGCUCGCAGAGCAGACACGCAUGCUGAAGCAGCGCAACCGCGCCCUCCUCAAUGCAGCCGCCGUAGCACCAUCGCCAUCGUCCGCCUCAGCCUCGAGCCCAGCGGGUGCCACGUCCGGUGCCGCCUCGCCUUCGCCCUCGGUGACUCCUGCGGCGACUUCGGUCCAGCUUGCCUACAUCACAUCACUCGAGCAGCAACUCGCGUCGCUGCGGGACGAGGUUGCGACGCUGUACAAGACGCAGGGACAGAAUGCGCAGCGGCUGCUGCUCAUGAACGAAUCGCAUCGCGAAAAGGAAGACGAGGCGCGCCGCCAGUCGGAACUGCUCGCCAAACUCCAGAUCGACCACGAAAAGCUUCGGCGCCAGGCCGACGACCUCACGCACGCCGUGGGAGAAAAGGAUCGAGGCAUUCAGAUCUUGCAGGACGAGCUGGCCACACUCAGCCUCGAACUCAGUCAGAUCGAGGCGCGCAACCAGGACCUCAAGAAGGACAACGCCAGCCUCCUCCAGCGCUGGCUCGACCGCAUGAACCAAGAGGCCGACAGGAUGAACGAAGGAACCAUAUGGCUCGAAGAGGUCCGCAAGCGCAGAGAGUCCUCCACCAACGCGGAAGGCAGCCCAAAACCCUCGGAUCCCAAGCCGCCACAACCCAAGCCAAAGUAG